AUGGCCUCUCAGCUUGGCCCAAAGUCUGAGUUCACAUCAUCGGCGAGGAAUCAAUUCUUUGCAAAGCUCAAACCAAUCUGUGUCGAAAUCAGCAGGCUUGCCCUCCAAGGCAACAAGGGCCCGGACAAGUCGGCCGGUGCCAAGCGGCUGCGAGAGCUACUCACGCAGCUCAUCGGCGUCCUGGAGGACCAGAUCCAGUACGACGGCACCGUGCUCGACGACAAGAUAGCCGACUAUGUCUUCUUCCCCCUGUCACAUCUGUUGCGGCAGCACGAGUCCCAUCCCAUCCGGGUCAUCGAGGCCGUCAUCAAGUCCCUCCGCCUCCUGGUCCAGCACGGCUGGAAGUCCAGGAUCUCAAAGGAACUCUCGCAGCAGCUUCUCAUAUUCUUGACCUUCAUAAUCGGCGGCGUGCCCGGCCGGGAGCAGAGCGAUCCCGUCAAGCCCGAGGAGACGAUCUUGGAAGGCUACAAGGCCCUGACAGCGCUGAUCAAGGCAGCAGGGCUGUCGGCCAAAGACUCUCCGCUGACGGACGCGAACAUCAUCCCGUCGUUUGGGCAUUCCGUUUCUGUCAUACUAGAUGGUGUGACCGGUGGCAGCACACCUGAGAUCCAGAUCGAAGCUCUGCGCGCCAUCCUUGCUGUGUAUACAACCAUCAAGCAGGACGAUGUGCUCGCCACCUUCUUCCCUGGGACUGUGUCCUCGCUGAGCCGUGCUCUCUCGCCGCCUCUUUCAACCAAAGCGCAGAGGCGGGUGCUUGUCAAUGCUAUCAAUGUUCUGAGGGUCGUGCUCACCAAAGUUUUGGGGGACCUGAAGUUACGGAAUGUGCUACGACAGGCCGAGAGUGGUGCACCCGAACCUGAUGAGCCUAGCACGGAUGAGAAGGGCGAGGGCAAGGUCCUCACAGCUUCAUGGUUGAGGGCCACCGCUGCACAAGUCAAAACGGCCUUGUCCUCUGUUCUCAAGCUGAGGAGUCACGGCGCGUCAGACGUGCUGAGAGCCAUGGAUAGGCUCUGCAUCACACUGUUGGACGAGUGUCACUCGACCUUGUCCGAUUGCACAUCGAUGCUCGUGGAGAGUGCCAUCAUACUUCGGAACGAAGACAAUGAACAGCCCAGCCUUGGGAUCGACGUCCUUGGAGACGAGAGGACGGGGUUUUAUGGCACUUCAUUGCAGGAUCUAGCGACUAUCUAUCCCGAACUGUUGGAUUCUAUCAAUGCCACUGUGUAUAGUUGGAUCACCAGCAUGCCGCGCAUGAUGCAGUCAAGCGAUGAGCGAGUAAAGCAGCAGGCCAUCCGCAACAUAGUUAAGGGCAACGAGCUUGUGUCUGCACUGCAAAUUCGAUCUUCGAAUCUUGAGGAGUCACUUUCCUCAGCCCUCAGGGACAGCAUUGUCGCCCUGAUCCUGAACUCUAAGAGUUCCAAGAUCCAGAAUGAAGUCGAUGUAGAUGAGAACUUCUGGAGGAGUGCAGGUCUGAUCAAAGCAAACCAGGAGCUGCAAAAUUACAGGCCGAUUUUACUGCCUCAGGAAAGCCAGCGGGAUACAAGGAAAGACGUCGCAAAUCUCAUCCAGAACAUCGGCUCGUCUUCACAGCAGAUCAGGCUUGCAAAUGAGAUGCUGCCCUUCAUCCUCGAAUCCACUGGUGUCGACCAGAUCUCUGCUUUCUGGCUCUCUUUCGAAUUGACCAAGUCUUCCUUCACCAAGACUUCCGAGACCGACGAUUUACUGGAUCUUACAGACGCAGCGCCGGAUCCAUUAUCCCCUGAAGACGCAGAGUCUGUCUUCAACGAGCUUUACUCCUUCUCUGUCUCUGUCCUCGACGCACACUCUGAUGCAGCCACCGAUGACGUGGACUGGCGCCUCGAGGCCAUCGCCUUGGAAGUCACCGCCUUCGCCAGCCACCGUCUCGGCCCUUCUUUCCGCCCAGAACUCAUAGAUGUACUCUAUCCCGUGGCGACCUUCCUGGGGUCUUCGGUUCCGGAGCUCAAAGGACACGCAAUCGCGACAUUGAAUAGCGUCGCAUCCUCGUGCGGAUACGGCAGCGUGUCUGAGUUGAUCAUCGACAAUGUGGAUUACAUGGUGAAUUCAGUGUCGCUGCGGCUGAACCAAUUCGACAUCUCGCCUGCCUCGACAAAGGUGCUUACCAUGAUGAUUCGUCUGACAGGCCCAAGCCUGUUGCCAUACCUGGACGAUGUUGUCGCAGGGAUUUUUGCCGCCCUAGAUAGCUAUCAUGGAUAUUCCGCAUUUGUGGAGAGCCUGUUCGGGGUGUUGUCGGAAGUGGUUGAGCAAGGCGUCAAGUCCGACAGACUACUGAUCGAAGACGCACAGGCCAAGGCCGUCAAUCACAGAAAACGACCACUCGAGUCCUCGGGCAUUGGUGAUGCGCUCGCCAUCUUAGAUAAACGAGCGAAGAGAAAGCGGGAACUGGGGGAUGAUGACGUGGAGGAGAUAGUACGGGACCACCCCAAAGAAGCAUGGAAGUCUGCAAAAGAGGAGCUCGACGCUAUUGACUCCAGAGACAAAGGCGAGGAUGAGUCCGAAGACCCUUCCUCCAACAACAACGAGGAAUUGGUUGUCCCCAAAACACCUACCUAUACCAUCCUCACCAAGAUUACCUCCCUUACGCAGCAUUACCUCACCUCCCCCACGCCGACGUUACGAAAACAGCUGCUUGACCUGCUGUCCAAGGUCUCAUCAGCUCUCGCGCUGGACGAAAACGCCUUCUUGCCGCUCGUCAACGAUGUCUGGCCUGUCAUCGUGAGCAGGCUGCAUGAUCCAGAGCCGUACGUCGUCAUAUCGGCGUGUGGCACACUAGCCUCACUAUGCGAAAGCGCUGGCGACUUCCUGAGCUCGCGGGUCAAGACCGAAUGGUCAGAUGGUCUGGGCAAGUGGUGCUUCAGGGUGAAGGACGAGGCGCGGAAGAGCAGGAGAGGCGGAGGCGGAACGAGCGCGGCAAAGCCGUCGAUGGGUAGCAUGCCGGGCAAACAGCACCAGGCAGGCGGCGGAGACGGCAUCUUGAUACCUGUCCGUGGAGGAUUGGAAGAUGCUGUCUCGGGCCUGCAACUCGAGGCGCCAUCAUCUCACACAGUGACAAGCGGCCUGGGCAGGUUUGCGUCAGCGGCGCAGACUUGGAACGCAACGGUGUCGCUUCUUAUCGCUAUAGUAUCAUUCGUGCGGAUCGAGGAUACGUUAUUUGAGCAGAUCCUGGACCUGUUAGCUGACGACGUACUACCGCGUAAUGAGGAAGCCCGCAGGGCCCUGGAGGUCAUCAAUGCUGAUGCAGUUUGGCUGGCGCUAUACAAGAGGGGUCUUGUUGAGCCAUGGCCAGCCCCGGUCUUGGAAGGGAUGACCGUGGGUGAAUCGGGCACAAAAGCUGGUUUCGCAAACAUGAUCACACGCCUCGGAGGCGAUGGCUUGCUUGCUAUUGCUUUGACACAUGCCAAUGAUCAAUGCUUUGUUGAUUUUGCUCUCGGCAUCAACCAGGCAGACUGCCAAUACGACAGGUUCCCAAUCCGAAUCUGUUCUUUCUGGUUAUGGGCUGGCCAGAUCGGCGGUCCCAACAUCGAAAUGAAUGAUAUGCACCGCGGCGGUACGAAACAGACCAUGCCGGCGUGGACGCCAUUGGCCGAGGUGCGCGGGGUGGGGAUGGGGGGACGGAGAAGCUUCCGCGGUGGGAAAGGUCAGGCUUGCCCAAACCCGCCAUGA